CAUAAACUGAAUAACAAAAUAUCCGACACCGAUUCAGAUCGCCGGCGGAUAUUCAGAUCUCCUCCACAUUACAUUCUCCAAGGAAUUUAACCUUUACCUACAAAUCUAAGCUUCUGUCGUUGACUUCGAAAACUGAUAUCUAUAAGUCAAAAUCCCCAUUCUCAAUCGCUCAUCGUCUUGUAGAACUAAUUGACUAAACAAUGGCGGACAACACAGGAUCCGGUACGUCCAUCUCUCUAUUUUAUGUCUGAAUAUAAUGUUUCAUGUCUAUAUACGGAGUUUUGUGGAAUUGAAUUUAGAUUUUCGUGGAAAUUUUGGAACCCUAGGUCUUUGAUCCCUCGUAAUUCUGUGCAGAGAUGAAAUCAGGUUCGUUUAUGUUAGAGAAAUCCGCCAAGAUCUUUGUCGCUGGACAUAGGGGAUUGGUUGGAUCUGCCAUUGUCCGCAAGCUCCAGGAUCAGGGUUUCACCAAUUUGGUCCUUCGAACCCAUUCAGAGCUUGAUCUCACUAGCCAAUCAGAUGUUGAAUCUUUCUUUGCUACAGAGAAACCAGUUUAUGUCAUCCUAGCUGCUGCUAAAGUCGGUGGGAUUCAUGCUAACAACACAUACCCAGCUGAUUUCAUUGGGGUCAAUCUCCAAAUCCAGACCAAUGUGAUCCACUCUGCUUAUACACACGGUGUGAAGAAACUCCUCUUCCUUGGUUCAUCUUGCAUUUACCCCAAAUUUGCUCCUCAGCCGAUUCCCGAAUCUGCGCUUCUUACCGGUCCGCUCGAACCGACAAACGAAUGGUAUGCGAUCGCCAAGAUCGCGGGUAUUAAGAUGUGUCAAGCUUACCGGCUUCAGCAUCAGUGGGAUGCUAUCUCCGGUAUGCCCACGAAUCUGUAUGGUCAGAAUGAUAAUUUCCACCCGGAGAAUUCCCAUGUGCUGCCUGCUCUCAUGAGGAGGUUUCAUGAAGCCAAAGCCAAUAAUGCUGACGAAGUUGUGGUUUGGGGAAGUGGAAGCCCGUUGAGGGAGUUUUUACAUGUCGAUGAUUUGGCUGAUGCUUGUGUUUUCUUGAUGGAUCAGUACAGCGGAUUUGAGCAUGUGAAUGUAGGAAGUGGUGUUGAAGUGACGAUCAAAGAAUUGGCUGAGUUGGUGAAAGAAGUUGUUGGGUUUAAAGGAAAGCUUGUUUGGGAUACCACAAAACCAGACGGGACACCAAGGAAACUGAUGGAUAGCUCGAAGCUUGCGUCUUUGGGAUGGACACCGAAGAUUUCGCUUAAAGAUGGCCUCUCCCAAACUUAUGAAUGGUAUUUGGAAAAUGUUGUGCAGAAGAAGCAGUAAAAAAAACAAGGUCCAAAACACAAAGCAAUAUUCAUUCUCUUUACACGUGAAUGUUUAUGCGUUUGAUUUUUGGUUCUAUACAGAUCUCUCUAUCUCUUUUAUGUAAUUUUUGUAUUCAUGGAUUUCAUACAGUUCAAGUUAAGCAAACUUACUUUGUAAUAAAUGUACCAUUGUUGUUGAGAUUAUCAAUAAUCGAAUAGCUUUCUUCUCU